AGCCGCCGAGACACCGGGGCGACCUCUACCCAGUUGUCCCCCUUUCCAGCCCUCGUCCCCCUUCCGCUCAGUUUCCCAUCCUCAUCCCGCCCCAUUCCCUCCUAUUCCGUUCUGUCCCAUACCCAGGUGUGUGCCCUGACGCCUCCGCGCCCCGGGCCGGACCGGGGGUCUCCGGGGGGCCAUGGGGUCCCUGUUCCGCAGCGAGGAGGUUUGCCUGGCCCAGCUCUUCCUCCAGUCGGCUUCUGCCUACAGCUGCAUCAGCGAGCUGGGGGAGCGCGGGCUGCUGGAGUUCAGAGACCUGAACCCCAGUGUGAGCCCCUUCCAGCGGCGCUUCGUGGGCGAGGUGCGGCGCUGCGAGGAGAUGGAGAAAACCUUCAAUUUCCUGCAGCAGGAGCUGCGCGCCGCGGGGCGGGUACCGGGGCCGUGUCCCGAGAGCCCGCGGGCGCCGGCGGCGCGGGAAGCGCUGCGGGUGCAGGAGCAGUCGGAGCAGCUGGCGCAGGAGCUGCGCGAGGUCUCCCGGAACCGCUCAUCCCUGCGCGGUAACCUGCGGGAUCUGCGCCAGUACCUGCACGUGCUGCGCGAGGGACAGCGCUUCACCAGCCUGCCGGCCCCCCUGGGCUCCCCGCCGCGGCCAAGGGCGCUCUCGGAGCGUGAGCCCAUCCUCGACCCCUCCCUGCACCAGCACCUCGAGCGCAAGAUCAACUUUGUGGCCGGUGUGGUCCACCCGUGGCGAGUGACCGCCUUUGAGCGGCUGCUGUGGCGCGCCUGCCGCGGGUACCUGGUGGCUUCCUUCGUGGAGAUGCCUGAGCCAAUGGAGGACCCGGUCACGGGCGAGAGCAUAACCUGGGUCAUCUUCCUCAUCUCCCACUGGGGCGAGCAGAUUGGGCAGAAAAUCCGCAAGAUUUCAGACUGCUUCCACUGCCAGGUGUAUCCAUACCCGGAGAGUGAGGCCAGCAGGACGGACACCAUUACCAAGCUGCAUGGCCAGAUCCAGGAGCUCAGCGUGACGCUGGAGGAGACAGAGAAGUACCUGGCGGAGGUGCUGGACAAGGUGGCUGUGGCGCUGCCCACCUGGCGCGUGCAGGUGCAGAAGAUGAAGGCCAUCUACCUCGUCCUCAACCAGUGCAGUUUCGAUGUCACCAAGAAGUGCCUCAUCGCUGAGGUCUGGUGCCCCGUGCAAGACCUCACCCAAGUGCAGGAUGCCCUACGCCAGGGAUCUUACCAGAGUGGCUCCAGUGUGGAGUGCUUCGUGCAGCGCGUCCCCACCUCAGAGAGCCCCCCCACCCUCAUCCGCACCAACAAGUUCACCGCCGGCUUCCAGAGCAUCGUGGACGCCUAUGGGGUGGCCAGUUACCAGGAGGUGAACCCUGCACCCUACGCCAUCAUCACCUUCCCCUUCAUCUUCGCCAUCAUGUUUGGGGAUGUGGGGCACGGGCUGCUCAUGUUCCUCUUUGCGCUCUGGAUGGUGCUGUACGAGGACAGCCCCCGCCUGCGGCAGGGCACCAACGAGAUCUGGCUGACAUUCUUCGAGGGGCGCUAUCUCAUCUUGCUCAUGGGUGCCUUCUCCAUCUACACCGGCUUCAUCUACAACGAGUGCUUCAGCAAAGCCACCACCAUCUUCCCCUCUGCCUGGAGCGUGGCCACCAUGGCCAACCACUCUUCCUGGAGCUCCGCGUACCUUGCCACCCACCCCUCGCUCACCCUGGACCCCAAUGUCACCGGUGUCUUCCGAGGGCCAUAUCCAUUCGGGAUCGACCCAAUCUGGAGCUUGGCUACCAACCACCUCAACUUCCUCAACUCCUUCAAGAUGAAGAUGUCAGUGGUGCUGGGCAUCGUGCACAUGGGCUUUGGCGUCAUGUUGGGGGUCUUCAACCAUGUGCACUUCAAGCAGCGGCACCGCCUGGUGCUGGAGUUCCUCCCAGAGAUGGUUUUCCUCCUGGCUCUUUUUGGCUAUCUGGUUGUCCUCAUCUUCUACAAAUGGAUCAAGUUCAGUGCUGCCGACUCCCGGGUGGCCCCCAGCAUCCUCAUCCACUUCAUCGACAUGUUCCUCUUCACCUCCAAUGCUGAGAACCUCCCACUCUACCCGGGGCAGGUGCCAGUGCAGACAGUGCUGGUGGUGCUGGCGCUGGCGUCAGUGCCUGUCCUGCUCCUGGGGACGCCGCUCUACCAGUGGUGUCGGCAGCGUCUCACCACCUGUGCUGUCCUGGUGCAGCCGCUGGCCACAGGGGAACAGGAGCCGCUGCUGGAGGGACAGGAGGCCGGGAACUCCGUCAAUGCCACCAUGGAGGACGUGGAGAGUGGGGGCCACAGCCCUGAUGCCAAGCACUCGGACUUUGCCGAAAUCUUCAUGCACCAGGCGAUCCACACCAUUGAGUACUGCCUGGGCUGUGUCUCCAACACCGCAUCCUACCUGCGGCUCUGGGCGCUCAGCCUGGCACAUGCCCAGCUCUCAGAGGUCCUGUGGACCAUGGUGAUGCGGAACGGCUUCGUGGGGCUGAGCUAUGUGGGUGGUGUGGUGCUGGUGCCCGUCUUUGCCGCCUUUGCCGUGCUGACUGUGGCCAUCCUGCUGGUGAUGGAGGGGCUCUCUGCUUUCCUCCAUGCCCUGCGCCUGCAUUGGGUGGAGUUUCAGAAUAAGUUCUACGUGGGUGCCGGGUACAAGCUGUGCCCCUUCGCCUUCGCCCCAGACACCUGGGAUUAGCUAUGCCACGGGGAUUCCAGGGACUUGGAACAUUGCUGCACGCCAAAUUCCCCCCCAGUGGACCCCUGGAGCCUCCUUGGCAGUGAAUAAAGGCGUCCCUGAG